CCGAAAUUGACUUUCGUUUUUUUAAUUGUCAUAAAUGUCAUUCAUGUCAUACGUAUACACAUUACGAAGAAAGAGGAAAUUCACAUUUUUGCUUUAAAUUAAUUACAAAGUGGGCUACAUUAACAGUAUCGUUCAUGCAAAAUUGUUAUGGCUCUGACAGUGGACAAAUUAAUCAAUGACGACAGGUUUAGUGGUGAAAAUGCUAUACAAUUCGUCUUGUAUAUGCCCGUGGGAAUCUUACUGUUAUUUGUUCGGAUAGUACUGGCAUUGGUAUUAUGGAUUGCAUCGAUAAUAUUACCCAACAAUCAAGCUGUGAGACAAAUGCUGUCCACUCUUGCCUGUUGGACUUUCGGAGUGUACGUCAAGCUAAAGGGCAGCAGAGAUCCGCGCUGCAGCGUGAUGGUGGCCAACUGCGUGUCGUGUCUUGACGCGCUUGCAGCCUCGCACGUGCUGGGCACCAUAAGUUUAAAGAAGUGGAAAGUGCCUCCAUUUUUUGCAUCCACAAUGGGUAUAAGAAACGCUGCGCAGUUUGUUAGGAAACAGCACUUCGGCGAGUGCGCCAGCCAGCCGGUUCUACUGCAACCAGAAGGCGGCGCCGCCAACGGGCGCGGCGUGCUGCGCUUCACCGACUGGCCCUGUCCCCUCGGCAACCGCGUGCAGCCGCUAGCUAUAACUGUCGAGCGGCCAUUCACCAACGUAACCGUACACCGGGCAACCGACGCGCGCGACAAGUUCCCCUGGUCGGACGCCUGGUGGUUCCUGUGGACGCCGGCCACCGUGUUUAGUAUCACACUUCUACCUGCUUUGGAGAGGCACGACGAUGAUGACGCUGCCUUUGCCGCGAGGAUACGGCAGACUAUCGCUGAUGGGCUUGGGACCCUCGUAGUAUGUAUGUUCCCCUGGUCGGACGCGUGGUGGUUCCUGUGGACGCCGGCCACCGUGUUUAGUAUCACGCUUCUACCCGCUUUGGAGAGGCACGACGAUGAUGACGCUGCCUUCGCCGCGAGGAUACGGCAGACUAUCGCUGAUGGACUUGGGACCCUCGUAGUAUGUAAGUUCCCCUGGUCGGACGCGUGGUGGUUCCUGUGGACGCCGGCCACCGUGUUUAGUAUCACGCUUCUACCUGCUUUGGAGAGGCACGACGAUGAUGACGCUGCCUUUGCAGCGAGGAUACGGCAGGCCAUUGCUGAUGGACUUGGAGUGGAGCUAGCGGAGUACAAGUGGGAGGAGCUGAACGCGGGCGGGCGCGCGCCACGCCGCCGCGAGCCGCCGCCCGAGCUGGCCCGCCUCGCGCGACAGGUCAAGGAGGUGCUGCCCGCUGUACCUAUGAGGGACAUCAUGCGAGACCUGGCGACGACCCGCAGCGUGGACGUGACGAUAACGAACUUCCUCGAAGGCGUGAGUCCCUACACGCCCGAAGCCACGCCUGGGCCUUCCGCGCCGCGUUACGUCACACCGGCACCUACCGGAGUAUUCUCGACAAAUGCCCGCGAUAGACAACUCAGCUUCCAGGAGAGAAAGGCUAAUAUGAUAGCGGAGGCUCGCCGCAAGUAUAUAGAGAAACACGGGCUGGAUGCGGCGCUGUGCUAGAUUAAGGGGGUAAUGUUAUGGAUAGUUGUCUUCGACGGUUGAGGAAGAAGGCUGAAAGGGCUAAGAAGGUACAGUGGUUUCCAAUCUUCGGGAUGAAGUCCAGAGACGUAAUGCAGUAACAAGUUUUCGACGGCAUUAGGGCACCGAUCGCGUUCGCCGAUGAUUAUUUGCAAUUAUUGCAAUUUGUGCUGAAAUAUUGAGAUUCAGAUGUGCCUUAAUGCGGACGAAGUGCUAAAAUAUUAAAGUAAUUUGUCUCGUAGUGGAUCCUUCCGUAAAAGAUUGGGAAUCGCUGAAUUUGAGACGAUAAUUCUUAGCCCUGACGAUAUGUAACGAUGUGAGUUCAGAAAUGUUUUGCUUUAGGCUAUUUUCUAGAGAUUAUUAUUGGUUGAUGCAUUGUUCGACAAUAGCUCUUCAAGUCCUCGCAAAACAUAAGAAUACGUUUGAGCCAAUUAAUCCCCUAAACUGAAUUCUUGCUUGUAUUUUAAUGUCUUCGCAAAUAAUAAAAUUAUUAUUACCUCCAUUUUGAUCUAUCACAAUUUUUCAAGUCUAUAUUUUCGACUAUUUUUGUAUCUUGUUAUUAAAACUUUCAAUUGUAUCCUUAGAUUUAGACGUUGAGAUUUUUCUUUUUAGUUUGAAAAUGUAGUAAAACACCAAUUUGGUACUAAUAAGGGUUACUACAAAUUAUUUUGUAAUCUUAGAAGUGUUGUUGAGGUUAGAUGUUUCAGAUGUGUAAAAAUUAUAUCUAGAGGAGGGUUGGUCGUGAAAAUUAUCCAUAAAUGUUACUACCCACGGGGAACGCUAGACGAACAUAGCAGUCAAAGGAUUCGCCGAUACAUUACUCAUUAUAGUGCCUAAUAGAUUCGAUAUCUGCAUUACUUUCGCGUAAGUUUAGGAAUGUGAUUUCUGGCGAAUUAUUCGAGUGACUUGUAAUGCUUUAUGUACUCGAUUAUUGCCAUUGUUUGCCACUUUAAACACUUCAGAUAAUCGCUACGUGAGUUCCGAAUAGAGAAUCAUCCUACAGUUUUUAAUUUUAAAAGUCACGAUUGUAAUUCGCUUGAUAUCUUUAUAAUUUGUGAACGGUAUAAAUGUUGGGAAUGCGACAUAUUUUUGCUUAUCAGUCUUUUUGUUUGAUUUUUUGUCGUACCAUACAGGGUUGUCAACUGUAAAAAAAUAUAUUUUUGUCAACAUUCAGAACACAUUAUUUUAUUUUUAUCAAUCUGUGGUUGAGCUGGGCAAUAAAUUGAUGUGUUCUUACGUAUGGAAUCGAUUCCUAAGAGUUAUAACGGAUUCUCAUAAAGAAAUGGCUACGAGUAUAAGUACUCAUAUUAGUGUUUUAAAUAGUAUAAAUAUAUGUGAUUGAAAAUAUAUAUUCUAUAAACAGUUGAGGGUUUAAAAAUAUGUUUUGUAUCGAAUCGUUCCAAAUAAUAUAGAAUGUUUAUUUCUAUGUCCUUAACAGGCCUUUUAAAGUAAUAUUUUGGUAUUUAACGCUAGCUGAACGUGUUAGUGAUUAAGAAAAUAACGGCUCUUUUUAACCUUUGUUAGGUUAGUGUUUUACAUACAUAUCUGUUUGGUUAGACAUAAUUAUUAUUUUAAAUUUAGUUUUAACUCGGUUGUUUAUUAAUCCAAUUAGAUUAGCAUCAUUAUUGUCUUUUAAUUUGAAUUAUUAAGUUUUUAUUUUCACUGGUGUCAGUCAUUGUUUUAACUCAUCCAAGUAAUAGAUUUUACUGAUUUUAAAAUUCUAGUCCAAUGAGGCUUUUCUUACAAGAUAUCACAAUAUUAUGCUAACACAUAAAUAAGCUUGUUUAUUGAAACAUAAUUUAUAUUAUAUACUUUAGUCGUUUGAUAUCGUAUCGUGUUUGAUUAAAUAUUUUUCCUAAUGUAUAUUUUGAUACUAAUUUCAUUUUCUUUCAUUCAUAUUGACUGACAUCGCUUACGUGUCCAAAUGUGACUGUUAAAGUUGCAUCAAUUAAUGUAGCCUAAUUGAUUCAUUAUUAGAUCUCAUUGUACAGAAUUCAUAUAUCACAGACAUACAGUGCCGUUUAUAUGUGGUUAUUGUGAAUACAUUUGUACAUAAUCUAUAAAGAAAUAUAUCGUUCAUUGAGUUCAGUAAAGAAAUCGCUCGGUCUUUCUAAUAUAUGCGGUUUUUAUGCUCAUCACUUUGAAAGACAUAAAUGUAAUUUAAUUAAAAACAUUCGUGAUGUAAUAUACGAUACGUUGAGUAUUUAAACCGGUUAAAAUUCAAUUAAACAAUUGUUUUGGAUAUAAUGCACAAACCAGGAGGGUUGAUCCUAUAAAUUACAACAAUUUCAAUUUAGAUUGAAAAACUGUUUUUAUUUUGGGAUAAACGUGGUUGAGUAGUAGUUUUAAAGGGUUGAGCCUUUUUGUUUGUGCAUUAGCCCUAGAAUUAUGCAAGCCGAGUGAUUUCAUAAUCAACAAUCUAAACUAUUUUAGAAAUUUGGCGUUAGUAAAGUGUGACGGUGGCCUCAUGCUAAUAAUAAUAUUUGUAUGGUAAUCUUAAAGAAAUAAAUUCGCAGAAAUCGAUUGUCAUGAUCCACAUCAAUAAAUUAUAAUAGAGGUGUCCCAAAAUUUGCACGUCCCACUGGCACCAGAUGUAAAUGAGCUUACGACGCAUCUAAAAAGUAUUUUAAGUCCAUUUUUAAAAAUAACUAAUAUGAGUCAUAUUUCAAAACUCAUCAAACUUUUCUAUGGAAAUGAAUAAAUAAAAUUGGUCAUAUCUUAAAACUUAUGAAACACUAGCUUUCCGCCCGCGGCUUCGCCCGCGUGGAAUUUUGUCUGUCACAGAAAAACUUUAUCGCGCGCGUCCCUGUUUCAAAAACCGGGAUAAAAACUAUCCUAUGUUCUUUCCCGGGACUCAAACUAUCUCUAUGCCAAAUUUCAUCAAAAUCGGUUGCGAGGUUUAAGCGGGAAAGCGUAACAGACAGACAGACAGACAGACAGAGUUACUUUCGCAUUUAUAAUAUUAGUUGGGAUUCUAUGGACAUUAAGCUCUUUCGAUGCGUCUUAGACUCAGCAGCUACCUCCAGUGUCAGUGUGACGUGCUAAUUAUAGGACACCCUGUAUAAUAACAACCCAAUAGAAUAAGCUAGUACUAGACUGAAAUUGGACCCAAAUCCAACAGAUGCAAAGGCCAUAAUCGCACGCUACCGCGCCCGACUUAUCGUAUACUAGGGUACUGCCAACCGGCUUCCUUAAACAUAGUUGUUCAGAUAUUAAGUUUAUUCGACGGUGAUUAUAUUGAAUAAAAGUUUUGUUUCAAAAAUAA